AACAUAAGACCGGGCCUUAGGCGUCAACCCCACCCUCACGGCGGACUCUUCCACGACUUCCCCUCCUCUCACUCGCAGCAGUCAGCUCCUUGUUUUCCAUCCUGUCGCAUAUCUUGUACCAGGUCUACAGAGGUAACAGCAGCAACCUACACACGCCUUCUUCUAAUCCCUGAAGCCUCGCUAACAUGAUCAAUAAAGUGAUGGAUUCAACAGCCCCAAGGACCGGCUACCAGACCAGCUCUUCCUGGACUACUCAAUCCGUGAUAUCCAAGAAGGUCGUCUCGUUGCGGCCAACGACCCGUGGGUUCCUUUAUAUCUCGAUGCCAUCCGCGAUGGGAGGUAUGGGGAUGCGGCGUGGGCGUGAUAUCACAUCGGUGGAGAUGUGGAGAAUGGCAUCGUUGGCGGCUCUGGUGGUAUGACCAUCCUCGAGGUGAUCAAGGAGGAUGCCCUUUCAUACCGGGUGUCGCAUCCGGAAGAAUACUUCAAGGCCGUGGCGUUCUAUCGCGGCACGAGCAAGGACGAUGGGCGUGUCGAUGUCCUGGAUGUCAUUUGCAUUCUUGAUGAACGGGAGAUCGCGGAGAUGGAGGUUAGGAAGAAGAGGGAGAAUCAACUGGAUGAUUAAGGCUGCUUGGUCCUGCUUUUGCCAUGCUUUGAUAAAUAACAGUAUGGUUUGGAUUCAGUGGUACGAUGGCAGCUGUCGCAAGAUCUCAUCUGAGUCGAGCAGGCUUGACUUUGCGUUGAUACUAUAUGUAUCAUUCGAAACAAGAACCAACAUGGUGGAAUACUGUGCUUUUUCUCUUUCCCAUAUGGGUAGGCCACCGACUUCAGCACGGAGUAUCAAG